AUGGAGAUGGUAGAAUUUUUAGCGCAAUGCCAAGGAUUAAACAAAAAUGCUAUGAACACAAACAAGAUGACCGUUGUAGACAUAUAUAGAGAGCAAAAUCGGAAUAAUAUUAAAAAUUGGAAUGUUGAGCAAUACUUGAAGCGUGCCAAGGCAAGACCAGCAAAAGAGGUACUAAAGCGCCUAGCGGAUGGUACUUGGUUAGAGGAGCAACGAACGUCGUAUAUGGUGGUGGCAUCUUUAACAGCAACCAUGGCCUUUCAAGUUGGAGUUAAUCCUCCCGGAGACGUUUGGCAAGAUUCAAAAACAGUAAUAAAAAAAGAGACAGGAGAUAAUUUUUACCACAUUGCAGGUACUUCUAUAAUGUCAUAUUAUAAUAGUAAAGAAUAUAACAAUUUACUAAUCAGUAACACAAUAGGACUAAUAUCAUCUCUAAGUGUCAUUCUUCUCCUUAUAAGCGGUUUUCCAUGUAAGCGAUAUUUCUUGGUGAUUUUGAGGACAACUUUGUGGAUCGCUGUGACUGCAACAUCAUUUACUUACUACCUCGCGGUUUAUGCUCUCAUUUAUGAGGGAAACCAAGGAGUUUGGACAUCGUUGUCGUUUUAUCUCAUAGCUUGGCAAGGGUUGAUGGGAUCCAUGCUCCUCGGACAUUUUGUGCGAUUCAUACUAAAGUUGGUUGGUUGGCAAAGGAGGCAGGCUCUUUAA